AUGUCCGAGCUGCCCACGGACAAAGGUGUCCCACCGGCGGGCGCAAUAAAUGACAACGGCGAAGUCCGGCAGGCGGAGGUAGGCGGCAGGAGGCCGGAGCCGGCCCCCGCGCAGCCUGUGGAGGCCAGGGACCGUCCGAUGGCGGCGGCCGGAGAAGGUCCAAUGGCUUCACCCGGGGAAGGUCCGGGGCCGGAGGCCAGGGAAGGUCCGAUGGCGGCGUCCAGAGAAGGCCUGGGGGCAGCGGCCAGGGAAGCCCGGAUGGCAGAGGUCGCCCGAUUGUUGGCGGAGCCAGCGGAGGAAGAGGGUCCCGAGGGCAGACCCCGGUCCAGGCCCGGGAACGGCCCAGGCCUUGCUGCGUUGCCAUAUCUCCGCCUCCGUCACCCACUUGGCGUUUUAGGAAUUAAUUACCAGCAGUUCCUCCGCCACUAUCUGGAACACUACCCGAUUGCUCCUGGCCGAAUCCAGGAGCUUGAAGGGCGCCGCAGGAGAUUUGUGGAAGCCUGCAGAGCCAGGGAAGCGGCGUUUGACGCCGAGUAUCAGCGGAAUCCUCAGAGGAUGGAUUUUGAUAUUUUAACAUUUAGUAUAACUCUGACUGCAUCUGAAAUUAUCAAUCCUCUGAUAGAGGAACUUGGUUGUGAUAAAUAUAUCAGUAGAGAAUAG